AUGGUGGAAUCUGAGAUCGCUAAGAGAGAUAUUAGGAUCUCGAAGGCCUUAUCCUAUCUUCUCAGGCAUGGGGCCGUCAAGGAAGGCUUGUCCAUUGAUUCUGAUGGCUACGUUGACUUGUCUGCACUCCUCAAGCAUAACAGGCUGAAGACGUAUAAAUGUACCCGUGAUGAUAUUCAUCGAGUAGUAGAGACAAACGAGAAGAAGCGUUUUAACAUAAAAAAACUAGAGAAUGUCGAAUACAUUUGUGCAGUCCAAGGACAUUCGAUGAAAAUUAUCAAUCCUGAUGGUAAGUUGUUGGAGAGGAUAACUACACUGGCUCAACUGCCAGAUACAUUGGUCCAUGGCACGACUAUAUCAAGUUGUAUUGCGAUUCUUGAAUCAGGAGCUAUUAAAAAGUGUGGUAGGAACCAUGUACACCUAGCUACUGGCAUAACUGGCGUUAAUUCUUCGGUAAUAAGUGGUAUGCGUCUCUCUAGCCCUGUACAUAUAUAUUUGAAUUUAGAUAAGAGUCUGAUCGAUGGCAUAGGGCUUGUAAAGUCCUUAAACAACGUUUAUCUGACAGAGGAUGAUAUAGGACUUACAUUUUUCAAGAAAGUCGUAAUUAAACUACCAAUUGAAAAUAGAAGGAAGAAGGCUGUUGCUGUCAAUUUGGCUAUUCUAUUAGCUUUGUUGCAGGACAAGAACAUACCAUAUGAAAUGCUGGACGGUAAUAGCGAUAAGGCAUCUCAUGACUUAACUAUGAAUGCACCAUAA